AUGGCGCCGACUGUAGUCCUCAUCACCGGCACGACGCGAGGCAUCGGAAAGGGCCUCCUGGAGCUCUACUUGGCUCGGCCGAGCCACCUCGUCGUCUCCGCCAACCGCGAUCCCGACCUCCCCGCAUCCCGGGCCCUCUCGGACCUCCCCACGGCCGAAGGCACCUCGCACGUCUUCUUGAGAAUAGACGCCAGCCAGCCCGAUCACCCGGCCCAGGCCGUAGCGGAGCUCGCGGCGAGGGGGAUAGAUCACGUCGAUAUCCUCAUCGGCAAUGCCGCCGUGGGCCUAUGCUGGCCCAAACUGUCCGGGGUCAAGACCGACGACAUACAGAAGCACGUAGACGUCAACGUGUACGGCUUCGUGUGGCUCUACCAGGCGUUCUUGCUCGUUAUCAAGCGGUACAAGAGGCCUACUUGGGUGACGAUCGGCUCCUCUGCGGCAUGGCUUACGUACGCAAACGCGGCCUACGGACCGACGAAGCUCGUCGGGCACUACUACACGGGGACGAUGCACUGGGAGGAGCCCGGGAUUUGCGCCUUUCCCAUCGAUCCCGGCUGGGUGCAAUCGGACCUCGGGAACCGUGCCGCCGGGCUGUUCGGCAUAGACGCGGCGCCGAUCACGGUCUCGGAUAGCGUCAACGGGAUCGUCAAGGUCGUCGACGUCGCCGCGAAGGAGACGCACGGCGGGAAGAUGUGGGUAUAUGACGAAAGACAGGUGCCGUGGUAGCUUGACGUGUUUGUAUAGGAGCGUUGAGAAGAGAGAUUGAAUUUGCUCUUGUUGGAUCACAGGUAGACUAGGAGGCGGUGGAAUAGCCCGAGGUCAACUCGGCUGUGCGCAGAAUGCCAAGUUUAGUAACUCAGAUAGAUGACCGACGAGUAAGUAGAGUGCCGAUUAGCGCGCUGAGUGAUACCUGUGAGACACGUAUCUGAAUGCCUCCGUGCCUGGUAAUAUUCAUGUCUAACUAUUCUCCGCCCCGACCGUCUAAUCUAAGACAAGCGAAUCCUUCUGGCGAUACAACCGCUGAAUGGAGUGCGCGACGAAAGGCGGGGGUAGGGGGGAGGACUUAUUCCUCUUAUAGACGUACCGGGCCUGCGGUCGCCAGUGUACCAAAUUGCGAUCGUCAGCCGAAACCGCCCGGAUAAAGGAAAUGCUCGAAUGAUCUACCCCGAGAGAUCUGACCGAGAACACCGAUGCCUCCAAUUCUCGAACGCGGGGGCGAUCGUAUGACCAAAGCCCGCAGGGCCAUCUGAUCCACUCCCCCCCCCCCUCUGGUCGCCGGGGACCGAGUCGUAUAUAUAUAUGUAUACCUUG